CAAAUAAAAAGGAAACGCUCGAAGCUUUCUGAUUUUGGUUGAGUGGAGAGAGAGAGAGAGAGAGAGAGAGAGAGAGAGAACCUAUACAUACAUACAUACAUACACAUACAUACUUACAGACACACACGCAUAUGUAUAUGUAUUUGUUUAUUGUUUUUGUAUGCUAUUUUCAGAUCUUUCGUUUUCAUUCAAUCUCUCGUCGCUAGAGGGAAAUAUGGCGGAGUUUCUCUGAGGAAAUUUGGAUUUCGGAGGAGGAUUCUGGUUGUAUGUUCGGAUCCUUGUCGUAUACCUGAAAAUUUGGGGAAGAGAGAUGCCAAUGCAAUAGGCUUCUGCGAUUGCGAUCCAGCUGAGAUUGGUCUAGGGUUCAUGUAAGUUCAACUUGAGAUGGUUUUGUUUGGGAACUGCAUCUCUUGAACAUUGAGGAUCGACUCUCUUCUCCUUUAGCCUCUUCCUUCUGAACCUGGCCAAAAUGUCAGGCCUAGAAGGAGUGGAGGUGAAUGAUGAAACAAGGGAGAGGAAAUCAGAUUACGAGAACUCUGAAGAUGAAAGAAGGAGAUCAAAAAUUGGGUCUCUGAAGAAGAAGGCCUUAAAUGCUUCAAACAAGUUUACUCAUUCUCUGAAAAGAAGAGGGAAAAGGAAAGUUGAUUUUAGAGUGCCUUCCUUUUCCAUUGAGGACAUCCAUGACCCAAGAGAGGAGAGUGCUGUUUGUGACCUGCGUCAAAAACUUCUUGACAGAGAUUUGUUGCCAGUUAGACAUGACGACUACCAUACCUUGCUUAGAUUUCUCAAAGCAAGAGACUUCGACAUUGAUCAGACCAUCCAGAUGUGGGAAGAAAUGCUUAACUGGAGGAUGGAAUAUGGAACAGACACCAUAUUGGAGGACUUUGUAUUCGAGGAGCUUGAAGAAGUCUUGCAGUAUUAUCCCCAAGGAUAUCAUGGAGUUGAUAGAGAAGGCCGGCCUGUUUAUAUAGAAAGGCUUGGAAAAGCUCAUCCAAGUAAGCUAGUGCGCAUCACUUCGAUUGAGAGAUACGUAAAAUAUCAUGUUCAGGAAUUUGAGAAGGCUAUAUAUGAGAAGUUCCCAGCUUGUUCCAUUGCUGCUAAGAAACGGAUAUGCUCAACCACCACAAUUUUGGACGUUCAAGGCCUGGGGAUCAAAAAUUUCACGACAACUGCUGCUAGUCUAUUGUCAGCCCUGGCAAAGAUUGAUAAUAGUUACUAUCCUGAGACACUCCAUCGAAUGUAUGUUGUUAAUGCUGGACCUGGCUUCAAGAAGUUGCUAUGGCCUGCUGCACAGAAGUUUUUGGAUCCAAAAACUAUUGCAAAAAUCCAUGUUUUGGAUCCUAAAUCUUUGGGUAAGCUACAGGAAGUCGUUGAUCCAAGUCAAUUGCCUGACUUUUUGGGUGGAUCAUGCACAUGUAAUGUUGAGGGAGGUUGCCUGAGGUCUAAUAAGGGUCCAUGGAAUGAUCCUGAAAUCAUGAAGCUUGUCUAUAAUGCAGAAUCAACUUUUGUGAGGCAAAUCAGCAAACCAGCCAGUGAUCAGCAGAAUUUUGACUCAUAUAUUCAAAUUCAGCCACUGAAGGGAAGAUGCAGUGGUACAUCUGCUAUUGAAUCAGGAUCUGAUGAUGAUCCUUGCUCUCCUACUGAAAGAAAUAGCACACUCAUUUCACGACUUACCCCAGUGCAUGAAGAAGCCAGAACUUCAGAUCCAUGUAUCUACUAUAGUUGUGAUGAUCAUUUCAGUCCAGCUGAUAAAGAUAGCGACAAUGAGCAAGGACCAGAAGAUGAGUCUUUCAAUGUCAAUGUUCUUGAAACUUCAAGUAGCAAUGCAAGAUCAAGAGUCGAAAGUACACUGGUUAUGUAUUGGUUGGAUUCCAUCCAAGAGAAAGUUGUGAAGAGAGGUUACCGGUAUACAAGAACAGUAAUAUCUAUUACGAUCAAGCUUCUCGAAUUUAUCCAGAAUGCAUGUGUUGAGUAUUGGAGGAGGCAGACCUACAUUUAUCCGUCCAAUGCACUGGAAAAUGAACCAGAACACAAUAGACGCUCGCCUGUUGGUACAGCGGCUGUUGCUGCAGAGGAUAGGGUCCUUCCAUGUGUGCAGCGUCUCCAGAGACUGGAGACUUUGUUGGAAGAACUCAACAAGAAGCCUGUUGAAAUUCCGUUGGAGAAGGAGCAAUUGCUUACUCGAUCUCUGGACAGAAUCAAGUCUGUUGAGUUUGAUCUUGAUAAGACGAAAAGGGCACUAAAUUCUACAGUUCUGAAGCAGCAUGAGAUUGCUGAGUUACUGGAAAAGAUGCGGGAAUCCAAAUUUCAUCGACGACGGUUCUUCUGUUAAGUGAGGAUGACUAUAACUGGUACACAGAUUCUGGAACAGUUGAAUGCAUGGUUGGAAAGAAAUCCUUGUUGGAGGUGAAUGACAAUGGGAGAAGUGCACCAAAAUACAAACAGAUCACUUUUCGCGGCUCUCCUUUUCCUCCAACAAAGACAAUUUGUAUCGGAACCUGCAAAAGUCACAUUUAUUUCACAACUUGAGAUUGUACAUUAUAGGAAAAGCUCUACAAUGUGCAUUAUAGGAAAAAGUUUUAACAAAUGCACAUCUUAGUCUUCUUCCUCUUAAGGAAAUGCUCCCUCCCUGUUUCCACUCGAUUGUUGUGUGACCACGCUGUACUAGUAAGUAGCAUAUAAUGAGGCCGGUAAAUGUAAAUGAAUUGUUGAGAUGAGUAUAGCUACGCAUUCUGUGUUGGCAGGGGAGGAAGAAACCAUGUAAACACAAUUGUAGAUGUUUGCAUUUACAGGGGCCGUCUGAGACAUCAGGUUAAAUAUUCUUGUCAAACAACAUGAGCUAUUUGUAUGAUAGUGGUAUAGGCCUAAUUUCCUACA